AUGGCCUGCCCCAUCACUGUGACCAAGUUCGUCGGGACGGUCUCCCUCGGCCUGCUCACGGGCCUUUCAUACUCCACCGCCGCCAUCACCGUCCCCGCCCUCAAACUCCUCCCCACCUCGACCACCGCCUCCCGCAGCCUCAAUGAAGUGAAGCGACUGGGCCGCAAACAUGCCCUCAAUCUCGCCGGCCUCGCCAACACCUGUCUGACUUUCGCCUACUGCAUCUCGCCCGCACGCCGCAAGCACCCGUAUCUGCUCUGGAUGGGUGCGACAACGGUCCUAGCCUCCUAUGGCCUGGACUUGUGGUUCAAUCGCCAAGUGGGCAUUAAGCAGUGGGCAUGCGGCGCGGUUCAAGACGCCACGGGUCUGGCACUGUGCUCAAAGUCGGCCGCUAAGAAGGAUGACGACCUGGUUGUGGUCGAGGCCGAGGAGGAUGUGAACGGCGAGAUGGUCCAGCGCGAGAUGGACAAGGAGCGCCGGCUGCAUCGUGCGCGCGCUUGGUUGUCUGGAGCUGCGUUCUCGAUGGGCAUUGUGGGCUUGUGGGGAGAUCGGUCGUGA